GAGAAGCGCAAGAACCCCGUGUGCCACUUUGUCACCCCUCUGGACGGCUCCAUGGACGUCGAUGAGCACCGGCGGCCAGAGAAAACCAGUGAGGCCCUUGAUGUGGCAAUAUGUGGCUCUCUCUAUACUGCAUAACUCUAGAGUAAUUUAUAACUCAGAGGAGUUCCAGAUGAAUUUGUGGAACUGUCUCAGGUUUUUGAAAGAACAGUCUUGAUGUUUGUGUUGAAAGUGACCCUCGAACACAAAGUUAAGGCUCUCAUUAGUCUGCUCUCCCCAACUUACACACUGCUCUCUGUGAUACAUUGAAGACCCAUAUCGUGUGAUCCUUUUGUUGCCAUCAGUGUGUGGCCUGCAAGGUCCCCCCUGAGCUGGACAUCAGAUUUCUAUUGCUUUGUGUCAUUCAUAGCAGCUUUUGCUUAUGUGUGUGUCUGUGCAUGUGAUCUUAUGAAAUUCACAGGAUAUUGUGUGCUUUAUACAUUAUAUUUCAGUAAAUUAAUUUUUAAGGGGGGUUUUUUUGCCAUUUCUUAACUCUUGUUUAUGGUUGAGCUGCUGUGGGAGAUGCUGACAGUGCAGUCAGAUGUCACCUCGUGUUUGGUUUUUGUGGGAAAGAUGAAGUUAGUACUGUCAGAUUUGCUCUGUGAUAGCUGAACUCUGGGACAGUGUGGGCUGCUGAUACAUGAGCUCAAACAGAAUCAGCAUGCUUUCUUUUGCAUUUUUUAUGCCUGAAUAUUUGCUUGGAAAUGUAUUGAAUAUUCUGCCCUUGUGUGAUUCCGUGUAAUUCAUGGUAUGUGUUUGUGUUCCCAGGCCAUUGCAACAGAGGGGAAAUACUGGAAACGAAGAAUUGAAAUAGUCAUUAGGGAAUACCACAAGUGGAGAACAUACUUCAAGAAAAGGUUACAGAAACACAAAGAUGAAGAUCUUUCAAGUUUGGUCAGGGAUGAUGAUGUGGUUCUGUGGCAAAAAAGAAGGUAUGGCAGAGAAACCCCUGUGCCCAUGGAGGAGGGCAGCCUGUUGGAUGCAGACAUGCUCAUGUCCGAGUUCACCGACACCCUGUUCUCCACACUCUCUUCACAUCAGCUGGUUUCCUGGCCAAACUCCAGGGACAUAGGACACUUAGGAAAUGCUGACAUGAUUCAACCAGGGCUUAUUCCUCUCCAGCCAAAUUUUGAUUUUAUGGAUACUUUUGAACCUUUUCAGGAAUUAUUCACUCCCAGUCGCUCCAGUAAUUAUUUCCCUUCCGUGUCUGCUGUCAGCUCAGCUACCACAGACAGCAGCAGCCACUCGUCCCAGUCUCCUGUCCUGCCGUCGGGUUCGCUGCCCAGCACGCUCCCGGCAGGGAACAUCAGCGAUGGACUGAUUCCUUCCUCAGUACCUGCUCCUGGCAUUCCUGACGUCGUUGCUGACCAGUGCUCCAGCAUUAGAAGUGGAGGAUCUUUCAUCCAGCCUGCAGACUUCCCUCCUGACACAUCUCUCAGCGGGCCACAAACUUUCAUGUCGGUGUUCCAGCCGCCGCUGCCGCUGCUGCAGCCCGCGGGCGCCCCGCAGCCGCCCCCGCUGCCCGCGGUGCCGCUCGGCUCCAGCCUGAGCCCCGCCCCCGCCGCCUUCGCCGCUCCAGAAACGCCCAAGUUCGGCCUCUGCGAAUCCUCGGUCAUCACUCACACGGCCUCUGCCACGCUGACCCACAACGCCCCUGCCACCACCUUCAGCCAGAGCCAGAGCCAGAGCCUGGUCCUGGCCACGCAGCAGCCGGGGGCAGGAGUGCCUUGUAACCUGGCCUUCCAGACUGCUGUUGUGCAGGGGCAGCCCCGGCCCCAGCUGCAGUCCCAGCUGACAUUUGCACUCCCCAAACCUGUUCCUCUGGCCAGUGCUGGGACGAGGCCCAAACAGUCACAAAAAAUAGUGCCUGCUCCGAAGCUUGAAACAGUGUCCUUAGUGGUAAAGAAUGCCUUCAUCACCCCAGCUGCCUUUCAGGGACAGUCCAGAGCUGUGAUUGUAACUCCAGCACCUUUAAAAAGAGAGGGGAUUUUGACGCCAGCCACGUCUCAGUCUAAUGUUGCAAUUGCACCAGCUGGAAUUGUCAGAGCUCCCGGGGUGACGGAGUUCCGUAGUAACAUUCUGGUUGGUCCAGCACAGCGAGCACCAAGUAGUCAACAAAGCCAGUCCACAGUCUCACAUCUCUUUCCUCCUAGUGUAGUCCAAGAUGUGUUGGUGAAAGGAGAGCACAUCCCUUCUCACUGUAGCAGUUCACAAGUUCCCUCACCUACACCUAGCCGGGACUGUCAGAAUUCAGGCCAGGCUUCCCCCUGCACCUCUGAGCAGAGCCCCAGCCCACAGUCUCCUCAGAACAGCUGCUCAGGAAAACCUGCCACUGACCCUGCUGUGGCUGCACUUAAGAAUCGGAGGAUGAGGCAUCUUUCAGAACAAAAACGGAGGUCUAAUAUCAAGAUUGGUUUCAGUGCUCUGAACAGCUUGGUGUCAGCCAACUCCAAGUCGAUCAGCCACGCCAUCACUCUGCAGAAGACAGUGGAAUACAUCGCCAAGCUGCAGCAGGAGAGGAGCCAGAUGCAGGAGGAGACCAGGCGGCUCCGGGAGGAGAUCGAGGAGCUGAACGCCACCAUCCUUUCUUGCCAGCAGCAGCUCCCUGCUACCGGGGUUCCCGUAACGCGGCAGAGGUUUGACCACAUGAGGAAGAUGUUUGAUGAGUACGUAAGGAGCAGGACCCUGCAGAACUGGAAGUUUUGGAUUUUCAGCAUUAUUAUUAAGCCAUUGUUUGAGUCCUUCAAUGGGAUGGUUUCCACAACAAGCUUUAAGGAUCUGAAUGAAACUGCGCUGGCCUGGUUGGAUCAGCACUGUUCUCUUCCUGUUCUGAGGCCAACGGUGCUGAACACCCUGCGGCAGCUGAGCAGGAGCACCUCGAUCCUGUCGGACCCGCAGCGGCUGCCGGAGCAGGCGCGCGAGGCCGUGACGAAGGUGAACAAGAGAGCUGGGGACACCUAACAGCCAAAGACACUGAGGUGCUUGUCCCAGGGGUGGAGACCCUGCCAGGCCCUGCCUGCCCAGGCUCCUCCAGUCAGUGCACUUUAGAAAGGAUUCUCUCCAUCACCAGAGACGUUGUUCAAGGCACCCGGCCCUGCCUUGCGAAGAGGUGCAGGUGAUGCAGCGUUGUCAGAAUGUUUGGGUUCCUCUCCAGUGCUGUGCUGUGCUCUGUCAGUGAGAAAAAACCACCAAGCUCAGGUAAACUCAGCAGGUUUGAGCCCUGCAGGCAGCAAUAGAUCUCCAUCAAUGCAUCCUUAUGCAACUAAUGGAACGCCCUCAGUUCUCUGAAGUGUAAAUCCUGUGCACCAAGGAAUGUGCUCUUCAAGGGGAAAAAAUACUUCUGAUUUCAUGAAGCAAAACGUGCUUUUUAUUUUGUUCUCUGGUAUUUGGUUCCAUAUGUUUUACUUGAAUAGUGAAAAUUGUUAAACAGGAUCAUAUGAAAAACCAAAGGAGAAGAAAAAUCUUUCAGUGAUGUCAACUCAUGGCAAAAAUACUAGAAUUAAAAUCUCAGGCUGUGUUUUGUGUAUUUUUAUUUUAAUGAGUGUAUCAUUGCAUUUGAUCAGUUUCAAGACGUGCUUUAUUUUCUAGUAAAUAAAGUAGCUGAUUUUUAUUUUUUUUAUAUAGCCAUUGCAAGGGAGUAGCAGGCUGUGCAGUAAGUGCAAGAAAGCAGUUUUAGAUUGUAUAAAUUCUGCAAUUAGGAUAAAUGCCAUGAAUUUAUAUCAGUUUAAUCAGUUAACUGUUUUCUUGCACUCUGCACAGUUCAGCUGCCAUUCUCACAAAAUGUGCACAUAUAAAACACAUCCAUAGGUAAAUGUAGUAGCACUUCAGAGACAAGAAUUGAGUUUGUAAUGUUAAAAAAUUGGCUUUUUUAUUUUAUUAUCUCAGAAGCUAUAUCAAACCACACAGACUUGCAGUCAGUUCUUUGCUUCUUUGUCUUUUUUUUGCUGCUUCUUUUUGCCUUCUGUCUGAAAAACCUGAAGGACUUUAUAGGCCUGGUCUGUAUGGGAAGGUUCUGUUCAACAUGAGUUAUAGAACAUGUAAAAAUAAGUUUAAAAGUCAAAAUACUGCAUAACAUUUUUCUGUGACAAUCUCAGCACAUCCUGUGCUCUGCUGCAGGUAAACUGAGUCCUGUUCCAGCAGUGAUUGUCCAUCCUGGGACAGCACUGGGGUGUUCAUUCCUGCUGAUUGUUCAAAGUCUGGAUGAUCCCAUGACCCCUGUAAUUCCACUCAUGACUUGAUCCUGAUUGUUCAGAGCUCUGCAAAGGUGGGAACACCUCCCUUGAGCAGUUUUCUUCCAGUUCCAAGGGCAGGCUGGAGGUACUGUGCAGCCUCUCACAGUGCGAAAAUGAGGAAUAACUGGAGCACUUGGGGCUUGCACACUCUGAAAUGGGCUCAGUAGGUUCUCCUUGGGGAAGGGAGCUUUUCUCAGCAUUGUCCCCAUUCUCCUCCACUUGGUGGGCCAGAGUUUGGAAGGUAACAAUGGUCAUGGGGAGUAGGGCUGAGCACAGGUGGAGGUUUUGUUCUUGUUUCUCCUUUGUCCUGAGUUCUUGCAGCUAAUGGCUUUUCUUGCAGAAAAAAGCUUUUCCUUCCCUUCUGGGAGAGCAGCACUGUAGGAAGGACAAGGCACAAAAGGUGAGCCUCUCCCUGCAUGGAGGGACUGAGGACUGAAGGGGAAGGCAGAAUGGCAGUUUUGUACCAACACAGCUCCUCUGUGCAGGCAGAGAGAAACAUGCUUUUCUUUCUCUUUUUUUACAGUAGAUUUGACAAAUAACUUGAAGUUUGUGGCACAUGUGAAAACCUG